AUGGCUCGCAUAGCGGAACAAAACCAGAAGAUCAAAGAAGUCCUCCCUACGGUCAAAACCGAGGCGGAACAGAUCGACCAGAUCGCGAAGAUAAGAGGAUGGUUCCGCCCAAAGGAGGACAGCGCUUACUACCCGUUGAUCCAAGAAUUCCUCAACGAGCAGAUCGACGCAAAGGAAGCGACGUCGCGCAUUCUUGGGCCAAUCGACGAGAAGAUCAAAGACGCCAAACUCGACGAUGUAGACUUCAUGGACCUUUGGAAAAGCAUCAUUCAUUCAGCAAAGCGGUUGACUUUCCGUAAUGGCCCACAGGUAAACCACAACAUGUUGAUCGACUUGGUCAGCGCGUUCAAGGAGCAUUCCAUACCGGGCAAUGAGCAAUACAACUACCUCUACCAGGAGAUGACCGACUUCAGUAUGGCCUGCCGCGAGGCUCUCAACGACUCUCCAGUAGCACAUGACGGCUAUAUCGACCGAGAAAUCGAAGCCUGGGCGAAUAUGAACUUUUUCUUCGCCCUAGUGGCAGGCAAACACAUCCAUGACCUCUCCAUGUACGCUCUCUUCGUACUACGAGAAGCACUCGAGACGCCUGCUAUCGACGAUCCAAUGUCAACCGCCAACCAAAAGUACGAUGCCAACGUUCCUGCGGCUGCAGCCUGGAUACUAGGCUACGGCCACGACCUCUUCCGCAUGGAGAAAGACCUCACACCCUCGGAUCGCAAGCAAGGCAACCCAGGCCGCGGCGGCGAACUCUGGAAGGGAAAAUCUGAGUUCAGCAAGGAGAGAUGGGCAUUCUGGAAAGAACGUUUUGCAGCGAUUGCAGAUAUGGAGGGCGUCAGUGAGCAGACCAAGAUUGAUGCUAGAGAUGCGAUAGAGGGCAUGGAGAGGAGCCAGACGUAUGAGCACUUGAGGUAA